AUGGCUGGAGCAGACACUGCAGAAGGCGAGAAAUCAAUUGCAGGGAAAGAACCACCCGCUCUGCAUUCUACUACCCAGCCAGAUGACCUCAGAGAACUGCAUGAGCAAGACAAAUACCUUCAUGGCCGCGCUCUGGUCUUGAUGACGCUUUCCCUGAAGGUGGGAGUGAUUACAGUCGCAUUAGAUAACAGGAUCAUAUCGAUGUGGGUAAGCUACCAGUCUAUCGCGGUCGUGGGUUCUCAUGGCUUGCUAACCAAAGAUGACCCCUCCGCAAGCGUGCUGGGUCUGAUCUGUGCGGCUGCACCCAAUUCUCCCGUCUUCAUCACCGGUCGAGCCGUUGCCGGGCUGGGAGCAGCCGGACUGUUCUGCGGAGCCAUGAUUAUUAUGUCGCAGAUUGUCGGGAUGCGAAAGCGCCCGCUGUUGCUGGGCAUUGUGACGAGUAUGUGCGGUGUUGCCUCGGGGCUCGGCCCGUCCCUGGGUGGUAUUUUCACUCAUUCAGCCCGCCUCACCUGGCGAUUUUGCUUUUGGAUCAAUCUGCCCUUGGGUGGCCUGACAGGAUUCAUUGUGUGCUUCUACUACGCGUCUUCUCUUGGCGGAGCACCCUACAAGAACUGUCCCCUUCGACAGAAAUUGACCAGCCUCGGCCUGAAGAGCGCCUUGAUCCUAACCGGUACUUUAGUCUGCCUGAUUCUUGCUCUUCAGUGGGGCGGGUCCGUCUAUCCCUGGUCUGACUGCCGUGUAUGGGGCUGCUUCCUGGGCUUCGGCCUGCUCCUCGCUCUCUUCGGAUACAUGCAACACCGUCAGAAGGACGAUGCCCUAAUCCCCCUUCGCGUCCUUUCUCAACGCUCCGUCCUCCUAGGCUGCACCUUUUCCUGCCUGCUCCAGGGCGCCAUGAUGACCCAGACAUACUACCUCCCGUUCUGCUUCCAGGCCAUACGAGGCACUAACGCCCAAACCUCCGGCUUCAGCAUCCUGCCAUACGGCGUGACCGUCUCCAUCGCCACCCUCCUCAGCGGUACGCUAGUCACCCUCUCUGGAUUCUACGUCCCCUUAACGUCCCCUUAA